AUGUCCUCUCACGACCACUAUCAUGAUCAUGACCACGGCCACAGCCAUGGCGCUGGUCACGAACACGACCAUUCCCACGACCUUGAGCCGGCCCUCCAAUCGAACCUCUACAAACAGAUCAACUUCGAAGGCAUUACGACGCUCAACGAGGCUGAACCGCGCUCGGGUGCGGCGAUCGUUCAAAAGACGUGGGAUGAGCGCCUGAAUGACCAGCCCAUCCUCGAAAGCGAUGCGGACGAACAGCUACUGAUGCAUGUACCCUUUACGGGAUCGUGCAAGCUCUAUUCCAUCAUCGUGCGCACGUCAGACACCGACUCGGCACCUCAGACCGUCAAGCUCUUUCGAAAUAGAGACGACAUGGACUUCAGCCUCGCGUCCGACCUGAAACCCACCCAACGGCUGACCCUGUCAAAAAGCAACGACGUGGCCGAGAUCCCCUUGAACCGGGCUCUGUGGAACGGCACCACCUCGAUCGACCUCUUCUUCGAGGACAACCAUUCCGGGGGAGAGGAGGAUGUCACGCGCAUCAGCUACCUCGGGUUCAAGGGAGACUUCAUGCCACUCAACCGCGAACCGGUCCACGUCCUGUACGAAGCGGCGGCAAAUCCUCAAGAUCAUAAGUUGAUUCAGGGACUGGUCAAUACUAACCAGACCAUGCCGGGACAGUGA